AUGCAAGGCACAUCCAACCAGAGUCCAGUGAGCUCACACCUUUUGAUCUUUCCAGAACGACGACUCCCAGGUUCCAACACAGAGAACCCCCAACCGAGAACAUGGUCCGGCCUUUUGUCACCUGCGGCCUUGUGGCAUUCUUGCAGCUCUGCGGAUUUGCUCUCUUGUCGCCUCACCCGCCUGGCCACCACCCUUUCCUUUGGUGUGUCAAGUCGGUUCUUUUCCGCUUCUUGGCUUUCGUGGCCAACACACCACAAUCCUAUUUUGCCCGAACCGCUACACACCUCCUUCACUCACUUGUCCCAAACGGAUCGCAUGCACAGCAGGCGAGUCGACUCAGUCGAUUUGCAGAGAAAAGUAGGCGAACAUUGA